AUGCCUUACGCAACCGGUAUCGAAGUCACCCAAGUUGGGCCAACUUUUGCUGCUGAACUCCAAGGUAUCAAUCUCAAUCAUCCAAUUUCCGAUGAGACAUUGGAAGAACUGAAACAAAUCAUCGGAAAAUAUGGUGUGGUCAGCGUCCGCAAGCUUGGACCCAAGUCCGACGACGACUUGAUAGCAUUUGGUGCUCGCUUUGGAGAACUCGACUCGAUCAGGCCACAUAAGAGGGCCGGGAGAAAAAUGCGGAUCCCGCAAGAGGAGAUUUUCGAUAUCAGUAAUUUGGACAAUAAUGGGGAGAUCGUGACGACCGCAGAUGCGGAAAGAACGGCCACUGCUUAUGGCAAUGCGUUGUGGCAUGCAGACGGGACGUUCAACCCACGCCGGACGCAUCUCUCUAUGCUGCGGGCUGUGACGCUCCCUCCAGAAGGCACUGGGGGCCACACGGAAUACUUGGAUGCAGCGCAAGCUUACGACGAUCUUUCCGAGGAGAUGAAGGAAAAGGUCAAAGACUUGGUGGCCUGCCACUCCCUAUUCCACAAUCGAAAGACGGCCAAUCCUGAUUCGCCGUUGUUCAAGAACAUCGUGCCACAGGAUCACCCAAUGGGAAAGCACAAGGUUGUCCAGCGCCACGAUAUCACCGGUCGGUCGGUUCUAUUCAUCAACUCGUACGCCCACCACAUUGACGGAAUGGCUCUGGAAGAAGGACAAGCGCUGAUCCGUGAAUUGUUUGACCACAUGAAACAAGAGAAAUACAUGUACGUCCACCACUGGAAGAGCACCGGUGACUUUGUUAUCUGGGACAACACAGGUGUCCUCCACCGGGCGACCAUUGGAAACUACCAACACCAUCAUGUCAGAGACCUUCGGAGGAUCUCGACGUUAGACAGUGGUCCAGCUGCGUAUGGAAUGAAUGACCCCGGCACGUAUUGGCAGCAGGGUUUGCCAUAG